AUGCCUAAAUUUUGUCGAUUGGGAUUGAAGGUUUUACUGCUGUCAGACCUUUUUAAGGAAAAUUUUUUGGAAAGGAUGACAUUUAAGUAUGAAAUAUUAUCUGUGUUGCAAGCAAUAGCUCUUGCAAAUUUUGUGGACAGAUCCAAUAUUUUUUUUUUCGUCAUCAUUAAGCUGCGGUCGAGCAAGAAAAUAAACAAAGCGUUCUAUUGGCCAAGACGGCUUAAACAAAGAAGCUUAUUGGUUUAUAUUGUAAAAGACCGUACCCGGGCAACUUUAGCUAUCUAUAGCCUAUCUCCUGGUGAAAGCUCACUGCCUGGAGCGCCAGAUGCGACAUCAUUAUUAAGAUUUUUAUGUUUUGCUUUAUUAUACGAGUUCAGAAAAAUGUCAUCUGUAUUUACAAGUGUUGUUAAUGGUUUUGGGAGAUUUUUUAUGCAGCAACCUAACACAACUGAUCCCAUUGAAAGGAACAGGCCAUUGCAACAAAAUGUUGUUGUUGCAGAUGAUGAACGCCCCCCUGCACCUGUUAUUGCUAGACUAGCAGAUGAUAUUGAUGUAGCGGAUGCUCAAAGAAGAGCAUAUGUUACGCAUGCUGUUGCAAUUAGAGCUGAAGAGGACAACAUUGUUCGCAAUGCUAGGCAGCAACAACGUGCCGCCUAUAUGCGAGAAGCCCGUGCCGCUAUCAGAGCAAAUGGCAGAGGACAAGUUAAUAUUGCGCGGCAGUGUCACAUUAGGCCUGUUCAUGCAUUUAAUUUAGGAGCAAUGGAUAAGUUGUGUCCAUACUGUCAGGCACUGAAAUUUGUGGGGGAAAACCAUUUUAAGUGUUGUCAAUCUGGGAAAGUUCGACUAGAACCUCUUUCACCCCAUCCUUUAGAACUUAGGGAAUUGUUAACUGGGGGUACUCCUGCUGCAAAACAUUUCCAAAAGGACAUAAGAAUUUACAAUAAUGCCUUUUCAUUUGGUUCAUUUGGUGCAGACUUAAGACCACCUCCGGGGAAUGGUCCACCAUGUUUUAGACUGUGUGGACAACUUUAUCAUCGGGUUGGCUGCUUGCAUCCAGCAGCUAAUGUACGUCCCUCUUACAGUCAGUUAUAUAUAAUAGAGGCGGGUGAAGCAUUUAAUGCGAGAAUGGAUAAUCCAGCAAAUGCUCAAUGUCGUCAAGAUGUAAUGCAUAUUCUUCAGCAGGUGAUGGACAGAGAGUCACCUUUCAUUGCUGCAUACAAAAAUAUGGCACAGGUAGAACAAGAGGAAAACACAAGGGCUAUACAAGAAAAUAGGACACCAUCUAUUGUGAAAAUGAUGAUGAAAGCUGGGCCAGAUAGACGGCGGUACAAUACUCCUUCUCAUGAAGAAGUGGCUGCUAUUUUCAUUGGGGAAGAUGGUGCUCCCCCUGCUCAAAGGGACAUAGUAAUCUAUCCAAGGGAUCAUGCAUUAGUCAAUAUAUCUACCAUGUCUGCUAACCUAGAUCCUAUGAUUUACCCAAUGUUUUUCCCUAGAGGAGAUGCAGGUUGGCAUAAUUCUAUUAAUCAUGUUCUGGAACGACAAACUGCCACCCGGCAACGCGUUACAAGGUUGCAGUUUUGUGCAUAUCGUAUUGCAAUAAGACAAUGUUUUAGUUCUCUACACUAUGGCCGUAAACUUUUUCAGCAGUACAUAGUGGACUGUUAUUGUAGGGUUGAAGGAGAGCGACUUGAUUAUAUUCGUCGAAACCAAACACGGUUAAGGGCAGCCUCUUAUGUUGGUCUUAUGGACCAUUUACAUGCAGAAGCUGAGCAUCGCAACCUUCAGCCUGGUAGGAUGAUUAUUUUACCAUCAACUUUUUCUGGUUCCCCUAGGAAUAUGCAUCAGAAUUAUUUAGAUGCUAUGGCCAUUGUUUCUAAAUUUGGAAAACCAGACCUCUUUUUUACAUGCAACCCCAAAUGGCCUGAAAUAACUGAAAACCUACUGCCUGGUCUUUAUGCAUGUGAUCGCCCUGACUUGGUCUCUAGGGUUUUUAAAUUAAAAUUAAAUCAGUUGGUUAAAGAUAUUUAUAAGAAUCAUGUUUUAGGACGUACAGUGGCAUAUGUUCAUGUAAUAGAAUUUCAAAAGCGAGGACUUCCUCACUGCCAUAUGCUUAUUAAUUUAUGUAAUGAGCAUAAAUUACGUACAGCUGAUGAUAUUGACAUUUCUAUUUGUGCUGAAAUACCAGAUCCAGCUGAUCAAAAUCUUUAUGAAAUUGUUAAGUCUACUAUGGUUCAUGGUCCAUGUGGGUAUCUUAAUCCUAACUCAUCUUGUAUGAAAGAGGGCAAUUGUUCUAAAAACUUUCCAAAAGAAUUUUCUAAUUCCACAAUUUUAAAUGCUAAUGGAUAUCCACUGUAUCGAAGAAGGAAUAAUGGUAGAACAUUUCAAAUUCGUAACAUGGAACUUGAUAAUAGGUGGAUUGUUCCAUACAAUCCUUACUUGACAGAAAAUAUCACGCACAUAUUAACGUUGAGGCCUGUGUUUCUAUAA